AUUGCUCCUUUAAUGCUUUGGCACGGCAAAGAGCCGAGCCGACCAGGAAGUAGAAUGGUUUUGUUAUUCGUUAUGAUUUCCACCGAGUGCCGACACUUUUGCUUUGCUUGUGAAACCUUAUCUCAGGAUACAGCUUCACCAGAGUAGUUACCAGUCGGCACAGGAACAGUCGCCAACACUUUGCCCCUCCCUCACGAGCACUGAGGCCCUCAGCCAUGGGUACUUCCCCGCACAGAUCGCUGUUUGUUGUCCUCUUCGUUACACUCGUCCUUCGCCAAGCAAACUCCGCGAACUGCCCUAACCCGGCCGAGGAAGGCGGGAGCACCAUCAUCAUGUUUACAGUGCCUGACGCCUCCUCUACGUCUUCGUCGUUCACGUGGUUGGCCAUGAAUAACAUUCAGGAUCUAGUGACGUGUUGUACAGGUAACAAGACUUGCAUAACCACUACUGGCUUUGGGACCUACCCCACCGGCAGAUUUAGUUCGUCUCCCUCGCAAAUAACACUUGAGCUAAACAUCUCCGGAGUGACGAGAUCAUCACCUCCUUUCAACAUGGAGACAGAAUGGCGGUUACUUGACGACAGAAGACAUACAGUCUACAGCUGUGACCUUAUUGUUUACAAAAAACCUUCAAAUGUGUCUUGUGACCAGCCACGCUUCUCGGGAGACAACUCCUCUGUGUCGGUGACGUGUGAGACGGACAGAGUGUACCCACAAGCUCUCUGUCAGUUCUACAGGAAAUCAUCGGCCUGGGAACCAGGAAACCCCAUUGACAACACCGGAGUGCAGUACUCUCAUACUGAGGUCACAUCUAGCUCUGUGAAGUACUACAGGUCCUCAUGUACCCAAACUGUCCCUCUGUCAAGUCUACAGGCCGGUGAUAUCACAUUUACUGUCAACAUGUACCCAGAGUUUCCAGGAAGUGACACGAGUUAUGGUAUAACCAACGUAGGCUCACCUGUCAGCAUUACCUUGUCGUACCCGACUGUGACUAUAACGUCCUGCCCUGUUGUCGUGGACAGUGCAAACAACUACAAGGGUGGCUACAUCAGAGAGGGAGCGACGUUCACAUGUCAGUGUAAUCUUGCACACAGUGGCAACCCUACAGGGGAAAUCGACUGGCUGAACAAUACUGGACACAUCGUCGCUACAGGAAAUAUGUUGCCCAAUGGUAUCGACGGACCAACACAAGUCACUGUAUCUCUCGGAGACGGACAUGGAAAAUCUCGAACGCUUUGUCCACUACAGAACUUGUCUAUACCAGUCGUGUGCCAAACGCCUCUCGUUAACAUUAACCCAAAGCCAAGGUGUAGUAUCCUGGUCACAAAAUCUGGCCUGACUUCGUACACAGAGGACUUUUCUACUGACCAAGGGCAAGUACAAACUGAACAGUACACGUUCUCUUCUGACGUGCCUGUGACGGAGGCUGGUGACUACGUGGUGACGUGUACGAUGUACAACUCUGUGUUUGGCGAUCUGACCCACAGCGACAGUAUUGAGCUGUCUGUCACGGCGACCCCGUCCACCUCUGCACUUGGGGGUGGGGACUCUGAUUUCCCGACCACUGCUGUUGCUGUCGCUGUUGCGGUGAUCGUGGUGGUUGUCGUCGUUGUUCUCAUCGCUGUCCUGCUCAUCAAGCGGCGAAAACUUACAGUGGACAACAGCGAACUGUACAGUACAUCUGCCCACACAAACGGAACUAUCGAUCAUGAAGAUGAGGUACAGGAUGAAUUUGAGCCGUAUGAGUUGAUUGACAAACCUGUCAAAGUCCAGAAAUCCUCACCCGGAACCACACCUGAGGCAAGGAGCGCCCCCACCACCACGCAGACACCCAAGCAGAAAAAGCCCCCCAUCGCCCCGAAACCUGCGAUCCUUAGCAACCCGAUGGCGGGGGAAAAGUCCCCACAACAGACAGACAAGGUUGGACCUGGCCAGCAUUUAUAUGAGAACGUUGACAAAGCCAGACCGACAGACAGCAGGGACCUUGAGUUUGUAGGGGACGUCUACGCUGUAGUGAACAGGAAAUCGCAGCAGAGUGAAUCCUGAGUUAGUGGAGAGAAACAGAUGGAGACAGGGCGCUUCAGAGACUCGAAUCGUAAUACAGUAUAACACGGAUAGCUCGAAUUCGUGGGGACCGUUCUCGGUAGUUCGAAGGAUAUCUUACAAAGAUAAAGAAGAAGAUAAAAACCGGGAUCACAGACACAGUUCGACAGAUGCGUGAUUUCGUGUCUUCUGUAUUCGACCUAUCCGUGUUAUACUGUAUUAUCAUUAUCCUAAACACUAUUAUGGCCGCCGCUCUUUGAUCUCUAUAAAAACUUCGCUGCUCACAAAUGAAGUGUAAAACACAAGCCUCGCGAUAGUUGAGUGGGAGUGCAACCUUUCCGGACUUGGCCCUAUUUUGGUUCCAAAAAGAGUCAAAUGGCGCGCUCCAUAGUGAGCUGGAACUAUGUAAAUGUCAUGUCUUGGAUAACAGUAAUAGUAGCAUGCAAGUCUAUGGGACUGCUAACGCAAAGAGAGAGAUUAUGUGUGUUUUUGAAACGGUAGUGCCAUGACGUCAUUUGACAAAGCACUUUUUUAAAAACUCCGCUCCUGUAAGCAAAGAUCGUGUAUACAAGAUAGUCCACUCCUCUCUUUGAGC